AUGGCGGAUAAUUCGUCCGAAAUUCAAAUUGUGUUGAUCGUCAAGGGUCUUAAUUUUGACUACCAUGAAUGUUAUCUCGAAACUCUUAUCCAUCGUUCGCCCCGCGAUCCCACCGGUACCUGGGCCAUGGCGGAAAUCGUAUCGAAGGCUCGAAAAGAUGACCAGCCGGAGGAAGUGAUCGAGCUCCCCAUACAUGAUGUGAGGGUGAAUCCGAGCCUGGCUGAACGUGGUAUUCGCUAUGUACUGAAUUGGGAACUACUGGCCCGAGACGGCAUUACGAGUCGAACUAUAAACAAAAAGGGUGACCGACAGUGGUAUUCGCGAGACAUGAGGAUUAUCUUCCGCUCUUUUUAUGUCAAUGAGAGUACACAGGAAGUGGCCAUGCUUCCCCCCAAGGAGUCUGUUGUUGUCAACUUCCCACAUGGGGAAGCACCUAUCAGCCCGGAAGAGCAUGAAGAAUGGAACCAAGUGGCUCGAAAGCAUGGUAUUGAUAUCUCAGUUGCUCAAGGGGAACUGCUCUAA